AUGGCACCGGCGAUCCUCCGCAACAUUGCAGCCGUGGUCGCUGCCAAACGAAUCAUAAACAGCCAUCCGCAGUCACAAAUACAUUCGAGUUCCAAUUCCACACCCAGUGACAAUAUCACUGCUGCACCAGAUCAACCAUGGGGAGAAGUCGGACCUGCAGAUACUCAUCUCCUCCCGGAGUUGAAGAAGUUAUACUGGAUCGGUGUCAGAAGCGAGCUGGAAAAUAUCCUCUUCGCCCUCCGAGAAUGGCGAAAGCCCGAGUUCGCAGAUCCUGAUAGCAUUGAAAACGAGGAUGAUUUUAUUCAUGGGUUUGACACCUUUGUAGACCAGGUUUGUCAAGGAUCUAGAGCGUUUGCAAGACGAUAUGAGGAACGGAAACGUGCGAAACCAAACACCAAUUAUCAUUUGCCUAGUUACGCUGCUGCGUUGCAUGAGCGAGGAUUGGAUCUGAAAGCUGAUCGGAUUAGCUCUAAGAUCAAACAAUCACUGAGGGAGGAAGUUCAAGGUACUCCCCUCCUUGAGGAACGGGUGAGGUUGCUUCUUCAGAGCGCCGGUUUGCUUGACAUAGAGAAGCUGAUCGAGCAUCGCCCUCCAUUGGAUGGCUGGCAGUUUUGGCGGAGACCCGGCGUACCGCAGCUAACCCUUUCCCGCUAUACCAAAGAUUCCAUUCCAAUCUUCUCCAGCGCGCAUUGCUCAACAUGCAACACCGUCAUCCGAGGGCCCAUGUUUUACUCUUCCACGACUCCUCAUGACCAACUAGCCUCAACAUCCUCUAUACCAGAUUGGAAGAUUUGCGAAGCUUGUUACCUAGAGCGCUACUAUGGUCAACCCAACGUCUACAAAGUCCACAAACAUUGUGUCCUCGACGGUUCAAUAUCCCCAACUAGCAGCCGCAAGAUAUGCCGAUGCACUCGGGUUCCUCACUCCGAUAAAUCGGGCCGAUAUCGUACUUUGUUUCCUAUUAAUAACGAUGACAAACAUGUCACGACGUCGAGAAAGGGAGGGUUACAAUGCCCUUUAUUGUCACUGGGUGACGCGAUCGCAGAAUCGAAAUACGACGCGAUGCAGACGCUCGUCACAAAACGAAUACCACUGAGCGAAGAGAAACGCCGGGCACAGUUGAACCCGGCCGAAUUGGAGAAACUGAAGCAAUCUGAAAGUAAAGGUAUCAGGAAGAAGAAGAAGAAGAAGGAGAAUGACGCAACACUGCAAGUUUCUACGAUGCCGAGUCUGGUCGACGAGACGGAUCGGAUUGGCACCCAGGGCAAGUCGAGUGAGGUUAGAGAGGCCGAGGCCGACGAGGAUAUCCCGUUCUUCAUGCGGCGGUACAUUGAGAAAUAUCCGUUUGGGAACGUUCACAUGGCUUUGAGGGUUGGCCCGUUGAUCAUUGAGAAUGGCGUGGCACACACAAAAGGGGGAGCAUUGGUAACAUUACGAGAUCCGGCUCAACUCUCUCCUAGCAGAGAUUCCAGAUCUUUGCCGCCGCCCUACCACGUAGGAUAUGCAAUAGCAGAAGAUUCCCGGCGCACGGUUUGGUCCCAGUCACACCGUCAACGAGGCAGAAAGAGAUACAAAGCAAUUAUGAAACAAAUUAUCGGAGUCCCUUUUACCGGCAUUCUGGACAGAAAGAUUGAAGACAGUAUUGUCCAAACUCUUAUAGCGGGAAGCGACAUGCCAUUUGACGAUCCGGGAUUAUCACUUGCGGACCAGAGAAAACUGAUUGAUUCAAUAUUACUCGAAUUGAUGCCAAAAGUGAAACGACUCUUAGAAUCUAGAGUCGACGUUUAUCUGACAUCGAUCAGCCAGCGACUCAUCCACCAAGAUACAAAGCUUCGCUGGAGCCCGACGAAGAACAGCUGCCAGAGCUUCUGUGACGCGAUCCUGAACUGGGAUCACUUCGGACAGUUCAUCCCUGACAAUCCGCCGCCCUAUCCGCUCUCUCCUGGGUCCCAAUCUCAAUCUCAAUCUCGACCACAUCCACUCUACCUCAUUUCCUUCGCCACGAGACCCAGCUCCUACACUCGCAACAAAAUUGCCACCAAGUUCGACGUUCCAUCGGGCCUGACUGAAGAGUACCUACUCAAAUUCCGGUACGGGCGGCAUGAGGAAGCUGACAUCAUCGACACUCUGCACGAAUACUGGUUUGACUUCGCAGCCUUUGGGAAGCACCUGUACCCGAAUCAGACCUUAUUCCCAUGGGACUGCACCGAGGCGUUUGGACGAUACCCGACACGGUGUGGCGACUGCAACCUGUCCAAACACGUCUGGGCAUUUCCCUUUGAUAGCUGGAGUAUCAUCUCGCUGCACCUGGGGCGAGACAGGUGGAUGUAUGCUCCAACACGUGGCGAGAAACUGCCGCUUUCAGACGCCGAGUGGUUUAAAAACCGUCUCACACUGCUGCACGCCCAGAAUCUCCUGUUGAGAGUCGGGGCGGCCAUGCACCGGGUUCCAGCUUUCCGAACUGCGACCAAGUGGCUGCAUACAUCGGAAGACACCUCCGUCGACAGGCUGAAACUAGGUGGUAUCCAUCGAGCACAGCCGUUCAGCCAUGUCUUUGACCAAGGGCUGUAUCAUCAAUAUUUCAUUGCCGAGUGGGCCAUCCGGGAUCUCGAUGAGCGUGUCAGGCAAUAUGAAGAACUCCGGGACGGACGGGUCCGGCUCAAAGAUGUCCCUGGCCCUCGGAGAGUUGGAGAAAGCGAGGCAAAGAGGCAGAGACGUGAGAUGGAAGAAGAGAACUACUAUUCUACUGGGUUGCGGAUUCAGGAUUGGGGCCCGUGGACUGUUCUUUCGAUGUUGGAACAGAUAAUAUAG